AUGUUUCGUCAAUCUAUUCAAAGAAUUGCCGUUCGUCAACAAUCCACUGUUGCUAAAACUGCACCAAGAGCAUUGUCUAAUGCUUACGUUGGCAAAUUAGACUCCAGAUGGGAAUCGUUACCAAAAGAAGAUAGAGAUACCUUAAUAAGUGAAUUAAAGGGUAGAAUGGAAUUACCAUGGCAAGAAUUAACCCCAGCCGAAAAAAAGGCUGCUUACUACAUUUCUUUUGGGGAAUGGGGUCCAAGAAAACCUUUGCACAGUCCUAGCGAUAGAGCUAAAGUUUUCUGGGGUACCGUUAUUGGUUUAGCUGCCGGUGUUGGUUUAUUCGCCGUCAUUAGAUCUUUUGCUGCUGAUGGUCCAACCACCAUGAACAGACAAUGGCAAGAAGCUUCUGAUGAAUACUUGAAAUCUAAGAAUGCUAAUCCAUUCACUGGUUACUCUCAAAUCCAAUAG